AGUAGACAUGCUGCGUACAGCCAAUCAUCGGUCGUUUUAUUACGCAUUUCCGCUCUUACCCGAUACAAACAAGAUGGCCGACGUUGUUGAAAUCCAUAAAUUGAAGUUGGCUGAGCUCAAGCAGGAGUGUGCUGUGAGGGGAUUGGAGGUGAAAGGAAACAAAGGUGACCUUAUUGGACGGUUGCAGGCAUACCUUGAGGAGCAUGAAGAUGAGGUGAAUGAAGAGGAGGUCUUGGGAGAGUUAGAGGACGAUCCUAAAGAGGAGGAAAUCAAUGAAAGACCUGCAGAAGAGGCAGCAGAAGAGGCAGCUGUACCUGAAAAGGAUGCUGAGAAGAAAGUUGUGAAAAUCACUGCCCCAGCAGCUGCAGAUGAGAAGCUGCAAAAGAGGGCGGAGCGUUUCAACCUGCCUGCCACUGCUAAUAGUAAGAAAGAGGCCCGCGCUGCCAGGUUCGGUUUACCAGUUCCAACGCCGGCUUCCAUAUUGGGUGCACCAGUUGCGAAUAGCAAACCAGCUAUCAGCGUUGAGGUCCUGAAGAAGCGGGCAGAACGCUUUGGCAUGAAUGUCUCCCCUGUUGCCAAAACGGUUGAAGUUGACGAGAAACUGAAAAAGAGGAAGGAGAGGUUUGGGAUUCUCACCGCUGCUGCUGCAGUUGGGGCUGAAGACAGUGAGGCAAAGAAGAGGAAACGCGCAGAACGAUUUGGAAAUAAUUGAUUCAAUUUGACAAUUUUUUUUACUUUUUUUAAAAUGUCAUUGUAUUUUUUAAACUUGUAACUCUUGUUCUACAGUGGUAAAAUACCAACCUAUGCUGUUUAGUAAGAACAAAUAUUUACAGUAUGUAAAAGUUUGGAAAUUAAAGAUCUUUUCCAAUUUC